AUGGCGAAUCGAACCGACCCUCUCAUUAGCAGCGUAUCGGGGAGUGAUCCCCAGAACUUGUUGGAAUACAUUACGCGGCAAAAGAUCUACGAUUCGCGGUUUUGGAAAGAGGAAUGUUUCGGCUUGACCGUGGCGGACGUGUUGGAAAAAUCGACGUCGCUGCAGUGCAUCGGCGCUCUCCCCGCCCACUUUCUGGCGUUGUGUCUCAAGCUACUGCAGCUGCAUCCCGAAACAGAGCUCGUGACCGAAACCUUUGUUGACCAGGAGGAUUUCAAAUACACGCGGGUCCUCGGCUGUUUGUACCUGCGCUUGACGGGCCGUCCCACGGAAAUCUACGAAAGACUCGAGCCACUGUAUCGUGACCGACGGAAAUUACGGGUAUGGACACCACCGUGCUGGGGUUUGAAGCACGUGGACGAUUUUAUUCACGAAUGUUUGACCGAACCGCGGAUACUGAACCUGUCCUUGCCGCGAUUGCCGUCCCGACGGUCUUUGCAA